UGUGGACUUUCAUUGACAUUUCGACAGUGUAACGUUUUUCACAGUUAUUCGAAAAUGUUACUGAUAUUGUGUUUGGUUGUGUUUCUUCCUCUUAUCGAAGGAUCUUGCUCCACAGCUAAAGUCAAGACUCGACAAUUAGCAUCUGGACGUAAUAUUACUGUUUGUACUCUUGAAAAUGGACUAGAAAUCUUAAAUGGAUCUACUGUAAACCUAGCCAGUUGUGAAACAUGUUCAUGUGGAGAGAAGGAACUUUCAUGUUGCGGAGUUGGUGCGUCAGCAGGUGUAGGUCCGACACCACCUGAGCAUUGCAAAAAUAUUCGCGAUGGAUGCGAAGACGUCAUGGUUUUAAAAGCCGAUGAAACGCGGGAUUGUUUCACGGGGAAAAGUAUUCUUCUUCCCAGUCAUCCACUGUAUAGUUUACAAAACAUGUAUGAUAUGGCACAACAACAGUAUAUGGGAUCAAAUAAUAUGAACCAAGGAACACAAAUGGCAAACAUUGCACCCCAACAAUUCUUCAGACCACAGCAAAUCAACAGGAGUAAUGCAGGCACCGGACACAUGUUCGCCGGAAACAUGAUCCAGGCUAAUAACUCCAAAGUGAUAGGUGGUAUAGCUCCACAAAUGGGAGUAGGUAUAGCUCCACAAAUGGGAGUUGGUAUAGCACCACAAAUGACAGCUGGAAUAGCACCACAAAUGACAGCUGGUAAUACGCAACACAUGGCAGCUAAUAUAGCACGACAAAUGGCAGCUGGAAUAGCACCACAAAUGGCAGCUGGUAAUGCGCAUCAAAUGGCAGCUGGUAUAUCACAACAAAUGUCAGCUGGCAUGGCACCACAAAAGUCGCCAGUCGUCAAGCAUUAUUUUGAUAGAGAUUUUGUCUAUCCACACAGUUAUGACCGAAACUAUAACUCCCUUGGAAAUAGCCAGUACUAUAAUAAACUUGGAAAUAACCAGUACUAUAAUUCACUUGGAAAUGACCCGUACUCUAAUGCACUUGGAAAUAUGCUAUACUCCAACGCAAUGUUUACCUAAUUGGAAUCUUGAUAGAAGUAGGAUGUAGUUUUAUCUGCAUUUGCCAAAAGAACCCACAAGAAUAUGAAUAUUUUAAAUUAAAAUUAUGAUGUAAAAUGUA